GGCGGAGGCGAGGGCGGUGCUGCCGCAGCUCUCUGGAAAGGCGCUAGUUCUCUGUCAGCGGCGGGAGCGUUUCGUAGUUGCCUGGUGAACGAAUGUAAACAAAAAGAGGAAGCGAGGGGGUCCGGAUGGUGCUGACGCUGUUGUUUGGGGAGUAUCUCCCUAGACCUUGGAGUGGGAGCUUGAAAGUCCGCAGCAAGCCCGGCAAGGAGGGUACUGCCUGACAAGCUGCUCCCGCCGCGAGCGAGUCCGUUUGGCCCUUAACCCGAAGGCUAACGUGAAUAGCGCAAGCUACGUGGAAGCGCUCGGGAGUGAGUGUGCGUAGGUUAAGUCCAUGGCCACUAGGAACUUUAUUGAUCCGAUAUCAUGACAUUGAACCAUGCUGCUGUAUGUAUGCCAUUAUCGAUUCUAAAGAAUCCUUUGGCUGAGUAACCAAUAUCCUUUACCGUCAAAUGUAGAAGACUGAAAAUAGUAUGAAGAAAGGAUUAAAGGAAAGUUGUAUAUAUUAAAAUAACAAAUGCAUGUGCUCAUAUAAGUUACAAUGGAAGAGAUUCCAGUUAAAGUGGCAGUAAGAAUAAGACCUUUACUCUCAAAAGAAAUACUUCACAAUCAUCAAGUAUGUGUGAGAUUAAUCUCAAAUACUCAGCAAAUUAUUAUUGGAAAGGACCGUGUCUUCACUUUUGAUUUUGUUUUUGGCAAGCAUUCAACCCAAGAUGAAGUGUAUACAACAUGUAUUAAGCCAUUGGUGGCAUCUCUGAUAGAAGGAUAUAAUGCUACAGUUUUUGCCUAUGGACAGACAGGCUCUGGAAAGACUUAUACUAUUGGAGGAGGUCACAUUGCAUCGGUUGCAGAAGAAGAGAGAGGUAUAAUUCCACGGGCAAUUCAAGAAAUAUUUCAGAUUAUUUCUGAAAACCAUAAUACUGAUUUUACAGUGAAAGUUUCGUACAUAGAAGUUUAUAAAGAAGAACUCAGAGAUCUCCUGGAACUAGAGACCUCUAUGAAAGAUUUGCAUAUUAGAGAAGAUGAAAAGGGUAAUACAGUAAUUGUUGGUGCCAAAGAUUGCCAAGUGGAAAGUGUAGAAGAAGUGAUGAGCCUGUUGGAAACAGGGAAUGCUGCUAGACAUACAGGGACAACACAAAUGAAUGAGCAUUCCAGCCGAUCCCAUGCUGUUUUUACCAUCAGUAUUUGUCAACAACAACAGCCUCUGCAGAAGGACACAGACUGUGCACAAAAUUCAUCCCAAAGUUCAGGACAGUUGAUUGCUUCUAAAUUCCACUUUGUGGAUCUUGCUGGAUCAGAAAGAGUUACAAAAACUGGCAACACUGGAGAAAGAUUCAAAGAAUCAAUUCAGAUCAACAGUGGUUUACUAGCUCUGGGAAAUGUGAUAAGUGCUCUUGGAGACCCAAAGAGAAAAAAUGCACACAUUCCGUACAGGGAUGCUAAAAUCACACGCAUUCUUAAAGACUCUUUAGGAGGCAAUGCAAAGACUGUCAUGAUAACAUGUAUUAGUCCAUCUUCUUCUGAUUUUGAUGAAUCAUUAAAUUCCAUCAAGUAUGCUAAUAGAGCAAAAAAUAUUAGGAAUAAACCUAUUGUCAACUAUAACCCAGACUGGGAUCGUAUAGAUGAAAUGGAGCUUGCAAUCAAGUUGCUUCGGGAAGCCUUGCAAAACCAACAAAUUAAUGGACAGUCCUCUGGUAGUCAAGGAACGCAGGAUUUAUGCCAAGACAAAAACAGAAUCCGUUGUCUUGAACAGCAGCUUGCUCAGUUUCAAAUCGAAAGUUUUAACUUGCGAAAUUGCAUAGAAGAAGCCUAUUUAUUUCUUGUUGAUUUAAAAAACAUUGCUAGCCUAUCAAAAAAUCAACUUGAAAAACUGCAAGAAUGGAUCCAUGUGGCUCAGGAACUUAGGAGAGAGGCAUCUGUUCCCCAGGUGAACAAUGGAACAGUAGCUGACCAAGAAGGACCAUAUCAUAUCACGAUUCUCCAGCUGAAGAGAGAGCUGAAGAAAUAUCAGCAGGCUCUUGCAACAGAUGCAGAAGUCUUCAGUGAAAAAGAACUGGAAAUAAAAAUAUUGCAAGAUCAGAUACAAAAGCUGAUACAGGAAAAUCGUGAAUAUCUGGAAUCACUGAAGGAGGCACAGGACACAAAUAGAUUACAGAAUGAAAAAAUGGUAGAGCAACGACUUACAAUUAACCAGCUAAAUGACAAGUUAGAGAAAAUGGCAAAAGUGUCUGGUGCUUCUGGAGAUGGACCAGCUGCUGUAAUAUCAGCUAAAAGGCCUUAUAGUGUCCCAUUAACUAAAAGUUUGAUGCUGUCCAAUAACAUACCAGUAGGAUUGGAUUCUCGAAAGGUACACACAAGCCCUCCGAUGUAUUCCCUAAGCAAAGUUAUAGCUGGAUUUCAAACCCGUAAUCAGAUCAUGUUGGAUCACAUAGAAGAGCAAGAUGAAGUUCUUCAUUAUUGCUUUUCUGAUCACAGUGAUGAAGAUGAAAAAAAUGCCAAGAAUAGAAGGAGACUCACAUUUAGACGCUCCUUAAACCGUACAUGGACACGGAAACAGGCUCCUUCCAGCUGUAUAAUUGAAGGAAAAGAGGUACAACAGAAUGCCAGUUCACAAAUUGGAAACAUUUCACCAACAGAAGCUGUUACAGAUAAAGGUGCAGACAUUGAAUUUAUCCAGAAAAGUCAGAUACUAAAUAUACAAAAAUUAAAGAAUUCAGAGCUAAAACUUAUUGCUGCUAAGCAAAAAAUGAAUGAACUUACACUUAAUAUCAGAAUGAAAGAAGAACUUAUUAAAGAAUUGGUGAAAACAGGUAAUGAUGCUCAAUCUGUAAGCAAGCAAUAUUCUCUGAAAAUAACACAGCUGGAACAUGAAGCAGAGCAGGCCAAAACUGAUUUAGCAGAAACACAAAAGCAACUGCAGGAGCUAGAGAACAAGGAACUAAGGGACAUUGCUGAAAAAGCCAGAUUACAGAAAGAAUUCAGGAAAAAGAUGGAUGCAGCAAAGCUGAAAGUUCAGGUCAUACAGAAAAAACAGCAGGAAACUAAGAAUCUGGCAUCAUUAUCUACUCAGAAUGAGAAACGUGUAUCAGAACUAGAACAGAACGUUAAUCACAUGAAAAAUCAACAAGCCCAAUUACAGAAAAAAUUGCGGGAGGAGAGUGAAAAAAAGAAAAUACUGGAAGCAGGAAUUCAGCAGGGCCAACUGCAAAUCAAGGAACUUCAGCAAAAGACAAAACAGCAGGAGAAGAUUCUAAAGCUAAAGGAUGAAGAAAUUGCUGCAUUUAAGAAAAGAAACUCAUCUGGAACUCCCCAACAAUUGCAGAAAUUGGAAGAGAAAAAGAAAUGCUUAGAUGAAGAACUAGAAAAGAUUUUGCAUCAGCGUCAAGAGUUAGCUGUUCUGGAGGAAGAUUUAAAAAGAAGAGAAGCGAUUAUUUUAAAGAAGGAAACACUGAUGCAAGAGAAGAGCCAUUUGGAAAUUAAAAAACUGAGAUCCAGCCAGGCUCUCAAUGAAGAUAGUUUGAAAUUAUCUACCCGUCUUAAUAUGUUAGAUCAAGAACUUUGUGACAAAAAUAAGCAGCUUCAGAGGAGCACCACUGAUGAACAAGGGAAGAUUUUUGAAGAGGUUCAGACUUUGCAGAAAGAAAGGGAUCAACUGUUGAAAAGAAGAAACAGUGUGGAUGAGAAAUUAAAGAAUGGCAGAGUAUUAUCACCAGAAGAAGAACAUGUGCUAUUCCAGCUUGAGGAAGGAAUUGAAACCUUGGAAGCUGCAAUUGCUUAUAAGAAUGAAAGCAUACAAAAGCAUCAAAACUCAAUCAGAGUCUCAUCUCAGAUCCUUACACAAAGUGAAGCCAGUGUGAUGGGAAAGUUGGUAUCCUUGUCUGCCACUGAGCUGCGCGCAAUUCUUUUAAAAUAUUUUAACAAGGUUGUUGGCCUCCGUGAGAGUGAACGUAAACUGCAACUGCAGUCUGAAGAACUGAGAAUGAGGGUAAUGGAACAAGAAAAUAUAGUAAGAGAACUUGAAUUGGCACUUGAACAUCUCAUGCUGCAAUGUGACAGGCGCCUCACCCUUCAACAAAAAGAACAUGAGCAAAAGAUUCAGUUGAUACUACUUCAUUGUAAAGACCAAGAAGGUGAAAAUAUUGCAGAAACUAUUAAAGCCUAUGAAGCUAAAGUUCAGCAGUUGGAACGAGAUCUGUUUUUUUACAAGAAAACCAGCCGAGAAUUAAAGAAGAAAUUAAAGGAAGUUGUUGGAGAAUCAAUAUACCACUCUCUGAAACAAAGUAAAUGUUAUGCUUCUACUGAUGGGAUGCUAAACCAAGAAGAAACAAGUGUCUCUUCAGAAGAACAUGGAUGGACAGCCAAAACAGUAGGGAAAUUAAAAGAAAUAAACUGCAUUGUAGGUGGUAUAAGAACACAGCAGACUUCGCCAGAGACACUUGAAGAAGUUGCAGAAACAAUAAUCAGUACCCCUAGUAAUCGUGAGGAGCCAACAGGAAAAGUACAACACUUCACAAAAUCUCAUUCACAAGCAUUUAGUCACUCUCAGACAAGCGACCCAGCGACCCAACUUCAAGGAAUAACUCCAGUAAAACUUUGUCGUAAAGAAUUACGCCAUAUCCCAGCUUCUGAGCUGUCAUCAAGGCGAGCUGGUAUAAAUUCUGUUGCUAUAGAUUCCAUUGAAAUGCCUAGAAAAUCUCAUGACCAUACUAUAUAAUUCAGAUGACAAUUCAGAAAGUAAUUUCACAAUUUCUUAUUUUUCUAGGUUAUUUCAGGAAGUUAUGUUUUUGUGAAUUAUUGUUAGCAGUUAUGCUUCAGCUUGGUCUUUCAUUUUGUCAUAAAGAAAUCUUAUUUCUUUUUGGCAUUGGCGUGGUGUACAUUAAUUUUGCCUUUAAAGAUUUUUUUUACUUAUAUUUUUAUUAACAUGGAUUUUUAUUCUUUCAGUACUGUACAGCAUUGUACUGUUCUGUAAAAUGAGAGCUGGUUGACACAAUCCUGGCAGCAUAGUUAGGAGAAAAAACAAAGUAUAAAAACAAAGUACUCAAUACUUUCCAUGAUUAUGAAAAAAAUCACCAUGGUACAGAAAAGGCUACCACUAUAUUUGUGACUGGUAAUUUAUAGACAAGUCAAUUGCCCAGGCACAUAUGUAGAUAUGGACAGUGUACAUUAAAGUAUAAAUGUCCUUUAAAAACUAUUUUUCUAAGCUAUUAAGUGGUUAACAAAAGGAAAAAAAUGAAGAUCCUUCCUUGCUAAAAUUUACGUUUAAAAUAAAUACAGGCUUACAUCUCAGAUGCAAACUUUAUCAAUAACUUAUUUGGCUAUAAAAGUCAUUUUUGAAUUAGGCCUGGAACUGUUACCAGUAUAAUUUUUAUGGAAACUAUUGUCAAAGUAAAUGCUUUUAUUCUUAUAUGCUACAUUAAAUCUAUUUCGGUGUUUGUUUAUACAGACGGGGAUGUACUUAGUCAAUUGAAUCUGUUCCUUUAGGUAUAAUAAAAAGUGACUUUGCUAUGUCAGGGAAUAUCUGUAAAUUCCAGCGUUUAACCCAACUUUAGGUUAAACACUGCUAGUUAAAAUAAAGCCAGAGACUCUUGCAAAUCCUUUCAAAAUAUUUUGAUCCUGAGUCAGUCUUCUAGGAACAGAACUUCUUCGUAGAAGCCACUCAAGUCCAAUAAAAGCUCCUGCUGGUGAAAGGGGCAGAGGUAAAUGUUGAUUUCCUUUUCCCUCUGCAGUUCCUUCCUGGCAGAACCUAUUGUUCCAGAGACUCUAUAGACUGUACCAGAUUUUCAGAUAUCCUUUUACCAAGAAAUCUAUUUCUCUGUGAGUGGGAUAUUUGUGUGUGUAUGUGUGUAAGGAAUUUUACAACCAGAAAUACACAUGAUCUCUGAAAUGCAUUUUUAGAGGCAUUAAAUACUAUUUUAAAGCCCAAAUCAUCUGAAAAGGUGUAGUUGCUUGACAUACUGAUUCAGUUCAGAGCACAUGGAAUGACCAGUUGUGGUAAUGCAUGGAGACUGCUUACCUCUAUUUGGCUUUUCCUGCCCACAGUAGUGCUUAAGCUUGGGAAUUUUUAUCUACACUAUCAUUUUAUCCAAACUCAGCUUUCAGAAGCCAGAAUUGUAAACCAGGCUUAUUAAGAGAGGAACACCCUAAGAUAUCUGCUUGGACAAAAAGUUAAGGAAUAAUGGAUAGCAGUCCUGUGUUUAGGUAUUCCCACUGAAGAAGAAACAGAGUUAGAGUACAAUGCAUCAGCAAGCUUGCUCAAACCAGAUCAUUGUGUUAGUACUGAACUUUGAAAUAACUUGAUAGUGAAAUGAUAGUGGCAAGACAUUUUUUUCUUAACUGCAUUUUUCCUGUUGUUUUGUUGAGUGUUUUUGUCUAUGGUCUGAGAUUGAAAACUUUCAAACUUAGUGUUACAUUUUAUAUUUAGAAAUUUGUAAA